GUGAUUAUUUAGGUGAAAAUAAUGAUUUCAAUAAGGAUGUCCUUAAGGCCUUUGUGGCUUUACAUGACUUUACAAAUUUAAUACUGGUACAAGCUUUAAGACAAUUUUUAUGGUCAUUUCGUUUGCCCGGUGAAGCUCAAAAGAUUGAUCGGAUGAUGGAAUGUUUUGCUCAACGUUAUUGUCAAUUAAAUCCCGAUAUAUUCACCAAUACCGAUACCUGUUAUGUUUUAAGUUUUGCCAUUAUUAUGUUAAAUACAUCAUUGCAUAAUCCAUCGGUCAAAGACAAACCCACUGUUGAACAAUUCAUUUCUAUGAAUCGUGGCAUUAAUAACGGCGGUGAUUUGCCUCGUACCCUACUCGAAUCUCUAUACGAAUCGAUACGAACCGAGCCAUUCAAAAUACCACAAGAUGAUGGCAACGAUUUAAUGCACACCUUCUUUAAUCCCGAUAAAGAGGGUUGGCUAUGGAAACAGGGUGGAAGAUACAAAUCCUGGAAAAGAAGAUGGUUUAUAUUAAACGACAAUUGUUUAUAUUAUUUCGAAUAUACAACGGAUAAGGAACCUAGAGGGAUAAUACCAUUAGAAAAUAUAUCGGUUCGCGAAAUUCAUGAUCGCAGUAAACCUAAUUGUUUUGAAUUAUUUGCUACUGGUGGAGCAGAUAUUAUUAAAGCAUGUAAGACUGAUUCUGAAGGCAAGGUGGUUGAGGGUAAACAUACUGUCUAUCGUAUGUCCGCCGCUACCGAAGAAGAACAACAAGAAUGGAUAAAACGUUUAACACAAUCCAUUAGCCAUAAUCCUUUCUAUGAUAUACUAGUACAAAGAAAGAAAAAAGCUUUAAGUAAAAGUUAGUAUUAGCUUUAAAAGAACUACGAACACAACAACAAAAUGCUAUCGCAAUACAUUUAACAUUACUUUAGAAGAAGCAUUAGAAAAACAGAAAGAAAAACAAACUCCUCCUUAUCCAAAAAAAUUUAAUGUGAAGAAAACAACCAAGUGCAAAUUACUUUAAUUUUGCUUUUGAGGAUCUCAUAAAUUUUUGUAAACAUUAUUAAUGCGCUAACAUUGAAAGGAUUUAGGUUAAUUUAACACAUAACACGUCACGCCGCCAUACGAUCACAUCUUUAUAACAGAUUUAACAGAAUGAACAAAUGUUUUCGUUUUUUUUUGUACUCCACUCUAUUCUACUCAUGUUGUUAUUAAGUUUUAGUUGAAAUUUAUGAAACAUUUUUUUCCAAAUUAUAGGUUUUUGUCCACAUUUUUUCUUAUUUAUUUAAUUUUUUUGUAAAAACUUUUUUUGUGUGUUUAGUUUCUAUGUAAUAUUUUUAUUAUUUCCCUUUUUUACUUCAUUUGCUUGUCUUUUUCU